GAAAACAUCGACAAACACGCUGAUUAUUUCCUCUUAUUUAAUGUUUUUAAUCUGCAUUUUUACACACAGAUUAGUUGUUGCAGAUAAGAGUCUUUGCUUGGUCAUAAAAUACUGAAAUGAUUCUUUACAUUUCAACAUAACCUGAGACGGAAGUCUGUUUGAGCUGCCUGCAUAAAAAGCGUCAGAGGUCACAGUGAGGAGGAGACAUCAACCACAGGAAGUAGAAACUACUUUUUAUUAUAAGAAGUUCUGGUUCAGACACUUUGAGAGUCGACAGCGAGAGAACAAGUCACAGAAAACAAGAGGAGAGAAAAAUGUUUGGAUUGAAAUCUUUUAAAUUAUCUCUGCUUCUGACAUGGAUGCUUCCAUUUACAGCAGAAACUCAACAAUUUUCUGACACGACUGCGACGGUUGGAGAUGAUGUCACUUUGACUUGUGAAGGUUUCAGAGAAUUUAAUGAUCAAUGUUUCAGUACUACAUGGCUCUACAGUGUCUCAGGAAAAACAGUGACAUUGUAUGAACAUGGGAAGAUUCACAGUGAAGCUGGAUCUAAAUCAGACAGACUGAAUGUUACAGAAAAAUGUUUCCUGGUUAUAAAGAAGGUCACAGUGGAGGAUGAAGGUCUUUACACCUGCAGACAGUUUGAAUCAUCAGAAUCUUCAUUUACAGACUCUUCAGUUCAACUUUCUGUUACUAACAUUUCAGAAAAAAAUACAAAAUCAAAAACAACCUCAUCAAAAAUCACUUCAUUUUCCACAACACCAACAACAACAAAAAGACCUACAACACCAACAACAACCCCACAAACAUCAGUCGCUCCAACAACUGCUAAAACUGAACCAGAUGCAGAUUUUCUUCUGGCAUCACUGAUCAGUGCAGCUGUUGCUUCAGCAGCUCUCUUAAUUACCACGGUGAUGAUCAUCAGAUGGAGGAAAACUAAAGGAAACAAAACAAGGAUGAAAGACACAAUUGAGUUGAGCUUCAUCUCUGCAGGGACUCGGUCUGGUCCAGAAACCAGUCAGGACAUGGCUGAUCCUUCAGAUGGCGUCCACGUCUACGCCUCCAUCAAUGACACCAACCUGAGGGACGCUGGGGCCCAGGUUCGUAGUAAAGACAGUGAGGAACACGGCGCCAUCUACAGCUUGGCUGGAGUUCCUGCUGCAGCCUCCACUGAUCCCCACAACCUGUAUUCUACUAUCCAAGAAUACAGAUGAAAGGCCACAAUACAGUCACAUCUAAAUCUAUUUUAUUUAAAGGCUCAGUUUUAAUCUUUUUCUGUGUGGCUUUUAAGAGAGUUCUAUAUUUUAUUUUCCUUUUAUAGGCUGUAAAGUUUAAGUAGAUGAGCUCUUUUCUCACUGGCAGAGAACAAGACCUUUAAAGGAAAAAUAUUCCUUCAGCUCUAAAAGAUCUUAAUGUUGUCCCAGAGUAUUUUUAAGAAGUGUAAUGUUUCUUGAUUUCAACACAACCCGAGAGAGAAGUUUGUAUGAGCUGCCUGCAUAAAAACCCUCUGAAGAGGCAUCAACCACAGGAAACCACAUUUCUCUAAAACAGUUCUGGUUCAGACACUUUUUAACACGACAGCAUGAGAACAAGUCACAGAAAACAAGAAGAGACUAAAUGUUUGAAUUCAAACCUUUUAAAUUUUCUCUGCUUCUGACAUGGAUGAUUUCUUUCACAGGUAAGAAAACAUCAGAGAGAUUAUAAAUAUAAAUAAAAAUAAUCUGUACUGAUGUUACAAGAAUCAACAAUUAAUAAUAUAUUAACAAUGAUUAAAUG